AAUGUCUAAAAAUUUACAAAACUUAUUGUAAAUAUUGUUCAGUAAUUAAUAGUUGGAUAUCUGAGUUAAUUACUAAAUAAAAGUUUUUAUUAAACACGUAUGAUAAUUAAACAAAGAAACCCGUGUAAGAGAUGUGAAUUGAAUUGAAGCAGAUCAGUACCGAUUUAAGUUGUUUUAAGUUUUAUAUUGGACGACCUUAAGUUCUUCAUGGGUGACAUAAAUAAAAUUGUGGGCUCAAAGCUCCGUGAUUCUCACUUUAAUUCAUUGGUCAAAACGAUGAAGAAAAAUAAACCGCAUUCGAUAAUUAGUGAUCACACGCUCGUACCAAGAGUACGUCAAUAUUUGGAGGAUCACUUGGAUCAAACAUACGUAGAUGUGCCAUCCAUGACUCAGUACCUUCGAAACAAAUAUGUAGAGUAUAGUAGAAGGAAAGAAGGACCUUUUCGCUACAUGGUUGAGCUUGCUUAUAAAACUGUGCUACACAAUUAUGGUUUGGACAGUUCCUCAUCAGAUAAAGGAUUAUCUGAUGAUGAUUUGCACAUGAUUGAGGAAGUACCUGUUAGUAAUGCAGUUAAAAAUACAAUUGACAACCUGUAUUCCAGGCCGACACAAAAAUACUUAUUUAGUUUUAGCCAACCAUCAACAGAGUUGGAAAAUAGCGAACUUAUUGAUAUUAGUGAUUCUACAGAUGAAGAAAGUGGACAGAUUACUAGUUGCAAUAGAAGUACUAAAAUGGUUCCGGCUACUGAUCCAAUUGCUAAGAGAAUGAAAUAUAAUUUACCAGAUCUGAAUAUCAUGCAAGUACCAAAUCCAGGCAAAACUUCUAAUACAACCAAUAAAUCUGAUCAGACAAGGGCUCCAAAGGAUAAUGGUUAUCCAGAGAGUUCAAAUAAUGUUAGCAAGAAAAGAAAAACUCCUGACAGAGCUGAAAAUAAACAGAAGAAAAGGAAAUUUGAUGAGAUUGUGACGGAUUCAAAAGUUUCAUUCUGUGAUGUUGGUGGAAUUGAGCAUAUAUUAAAGGAUCUUUGUGAUGUUCUGUUGCAUAUAAAACAUCCAGAAAUCUAUCAGGAACUAGGAGCACGACCACCAAGAGGUUUUUUAUUGCAUGGACCACCUGGUUGUGGUAAAACACUUCUAGCGCAUGCUAUUGCUGGGAAACUUGAUUUUCCAAUGAUAAGCAUAGCAUCUACUGAAUUAGUUGCCGGUGUUUCUGGAGAAACAGAAGAAAGGAUUCGUGAGGUGUUUGAGCAAGCCUCUUGUCUAGCUCCUUGUGUUCUGUUUUUUGAUGAAGUUGAUGUGAUUUCAUCAAAUCGUGUUAAUGCUCAAAAGGAUAUGGACCGACGGAUUGUAUCACAAUUGAUUAGUAGUAUUGAUGGGUUAGAUAAUAAAGAAGGAGUGAAUCAGGUGUUAGUUAUUGGUGCAACAAACCGUGUGGACAAUUUAGAUCCAUCUUUACGUAGAGUAGGAAGAUUUGACCAAGAAAUUUGUCUGGGAAUCCCUGACUGCAAUUCCAGAGCGAGCAUAUUGAGAGUUAUUUGCAAAAAAUUAAAACUAGAACCAAGUUUCGAUUUUGGACUUCUUGCCCAGCUGACUCCUGGUUAUGUGGGUGGUGAUCUUGUUGCUUUGAGCUAUAAAGCAGCUUCCUUUGCUAUCAAAAGGGUAUUUUUAGAAUUGAAAUCUCAGAAUGCGGAUUCGGUAGUUGAAAUUUUAGAUGAAUCUCAGGAUCACUUGGAUCAUACAGAUUUACAAACAAAUAAAAAAUCAGAUGUUGUAGAUAUAGAAACUCCAACUAUUGAUUUAGAUGAUGAUGAUGAUAAGGUGGAAUCAACUAAUGAUGAUGUAGUAAUUACAAGUUCUUCAUCUCCUGGUGAAGAAAACAAAACAGAUGAUAAAACUUUGAAGCCAGAAGAUAGUUCUGAACCACCUAAGAAGGAAACUGAUGAGGAGAACAGUUCAAAUACCAAAGUUGAAUCCUCCAGUGUGGACCAAAAAGAACAAAGUGAAGAAGAUAAAACUAAUAAACCUGAACCUGAAAUCAAAAUUGAUAAUGUUGAGAUAAAAAUUGAUGAUGAUAUUGAGCAAAUGUCUGUGGUUAGUAAUAAUUCAGCUGAUAACAAUUGUAAAAAUGGGGUAAAUGAGCCAGCUAUUGAGUGGACUUUGCAGGAAAUGGAAGCUUGGCUAGAUGAUCAAGAACCCCUUUUAAAUACACAACAAUUGAAACAUACUUUUAUAACAAUGCAGGACUUCAGAAAGGCUCUAAAGACUGUCCAGCCUUCAGCAAAACGUGAAGGUUUCAUCACGGUACCUAAUGUAACCUGGGAUGAAGUAGGUUCAUUAAAAGACAUUAGACAGGAAUUACAAUUAGCUAUUUUGGCUCCAAUAAAAUAUCCAGAAAGACUGCAAGUUCUUGGUUUAACUGCACCCAGUGGCGUUCUGUUGUGUGGUCCGCCUGGUUGUGGUAAAACUUUGAUUGCAAAAGCUAUAGCAAAUGAAGCUGGAAUUAAUUUUAUAUCGGUUAAGGGACCUGAACUAUUAAAUAUGUAUGUGGGAGAAAGUGAAAGGGCUGUGAGACAAUGCUUCACACGAGCAAGAAAUUCUGCACCAUGUGUAAUAUUUUUUGAUGAGUUUGAUGCCCUUUGCCCACGAAGAUCAGGUUCAUCACUGAAUGGUGGAGUUUCUUCACGAGUUGUGAAUCAAUUAUUAACAGAAAUGGAUGGAAUUGAAGGCAGGGCUGGUGUGUUUUUAAUGGCGGCCACAAACAGGCCUGAUAUACUGGAUCCAGCUGCUUUGAGACCUGGCCGUCUUGAUAAAGUUCUUUAUGUGGGUUUGCCUACAGCUGAAGAUCGAUUGGAGAUAUUGAAAGCAAUAACAAAGAAUGGCACAAAGCCGAAAAUGCAUUCUGAUGUCAAUCUGCAAACAAUUGCAAACUCAGACCAGUGCAAUGGUUAUACAGGAGCUGAUUUGGCAGGUUUAGUUCGGCAGGCCAGCAUGCAAGCUUUACGUGAAUCUAUGAGACAUAAUACUAAAAGUGAAGACAAUUCACAGCUGUGUGUUAAACAAAAUCACUUUUUGAGCGCUUUAAGUACUCUUAGACCUUCUGUAACAUCAGAGGAGCAAAAGCAUUAUGAGAAGCUACGUAAGAAAUACACCUCAUGUGGGGAUGUUGGUGCAGACGGUGACACUUUUAUUGAACCAAUGGACGAUUCAUAAAUUUAAGCAUUUAAUUAAUUUUAAAUGAAAAUGAAUAAAUACACCACACCUCAUUAUAUAUUAUUUUUAGUAUGGAUACCUAUUGUUGGAUAAAUGUGAUUGUUUUAUUA